AUGCCGAGGGGGAGCCCGCUACCUCCGCCACUGCCGCCGCCCCCGCGGCCUUCGCGACUCAGCUGGCCUGGGCCGCGGCGCCCGCCCCGCACCAUCAUGCCAUUCACCGCCGUGGGCGGCCGGCGCUGGGCUGCGGCGGCCGGAGCCCGGCAGACGCGGGGCGGGCCCGAGGGCCAGGGCACGCGGGAGGCUCUUCGGGGCGCGGGGAGGGGCUGUGGCGUUCGGCCUCUCGGGGGCCUUGCAGGAAGCAUGAACCGAGCGCGGCAAACUCACGGGGCGCGCUCGUCGGCGCCGGGCUGCCAGGAAAGUCCCUGCCGCUGGGCCGCCGUCGCCUUCCUGGGCAUGGCCCGGCCGGCCGCCGAUCAAAAUCCUUUCCUCGGGGAGGAGCGCGGGCGGCGGCCCGGGCGGGCCCCGCUGUCAGCCAGCCCGGGCUCGGCGGCGCACGUGGGCUUCAGGCAGCGCGACCCCGCCGGGCGGCACUGGCCCGCGACGGCGGCCGCCCGGGGCGCAUCUCCCGCGGGCGCUCUCGGCAGCGGCGCCGGCGGCGGGGCCGAGGGUGUGGUCGGGGCUGGCGCGGCCGCGCGGAGUCGGAGUCGGGCGGGAGGCGGCACGGAUCGCGCGCAGCGGCCGCCCGCUCGCGCUCGGGCCCGCCCGCCACGCCCGGGCGUGCCGGCGCCGCGGCGGCCCCUUCCCGCCUCGCGGGCUCAGAGCGCGCGGCCCGGCGCCCAGGCGGCACGCCCUCCCGCCCCGCGCGCCCCGCGGCCCGCCGCCGGCCGUGGGCGCGAGUCCAUCCCCGUCGCCGCCUCGCCUCGGGCCCGCGGCGGCUCAGCAGCUCCAAGCGCCCGGGCCCUGCGCAUGGGCCGCCCCGCGCGCUGCGCGGCCGCCGGGCCGGCUCAGAAGGUCCCCGCGGCGCGGCCACCCGCCGGGGCCCCGGCUCCUGCCAUGUUUGUCAACCUCCAACUUCCGAGCGAGCCGGGAAAACCGAAAGGAAGGGCGGCGGCCGCGGGCGGUGGGCACACGCCGCCGCCUCCCCGCGGGCCUGUCCUCGCCGGGUCCGCAAGCCCGGUCCCCGCCGCGCCCGCAGCCUCCGGAGGUCUUUUGUGUGGCGUCACCGCCGUUCGUUUAAAUCCCGCUUCCUCCUCGCGCCCUGCCCCCGCCCCCUCCGCCGCUCCCGGAUGCUUGCGCGAUGCGCUGCUCCUCCCCCGGGAAGCUCGCGGCUCUGGGGCGCCGCGCCCUGCGCGCGCCGGGCCGGCCUGGGGGCCCGCGCCUCCGGGGGCCCGGAGGGGGCGGGCCGGGGGCUCCGCGCACUCCCGGGAGGCGGGGGCGCGGCCGCCGGCGGGCCUGACGUCAGCUCCGCCGGACCGGGGGCUCCACGCUUCCUGCCCGCCGGGCGGCCGAGCCGAACGGUGACCCGCUCUCCGAACGGAAGGGACCCGAAAGGCGACUCCAUGCCCAGGGACUGCCGGGGUCGAGCCGUUCUGCGGGACACCCGCCUCCUGACAAGCUCUCUCCAGCCCUUUGUUGGGGCUGAGCUCUGCCAGGGGUGGCUCCCGAGGGGGCGGCGCGCGGUGCCGGGGACGCGCGGACGUGCUGCGGCCCGCGGAGAGGGCUCGGACGCCCGCCGCCGCCUCCCGCCCAGCUAACGUCCCGCAGAGUCGGCAUGCGCGUCGCCCCAGCGUUUGGGGUCCGCUCUACCCCCGCAUCCGGGAGGCGCGUGACCUUGUGCGAGUUCUCCCCAAACAGCCGCUUUCUCAUGCCCACGUGGGACGCUGUGCGCCGGCUGCUGAGCCCUGGGCUCGCAAGGGCAGCCGUGGCACGUGGGGCCUCGGCCGCUCGGUGGCCUUCAGCCGUGUGCCGGACUGAGUCCUCGUGCCGCUGCGUAGGAGAAGCGGCCUCUGGAGGUGAAGAACUCUCCCCCUUUUACAGACAAGGAAGCUGAGGCUCGGACGCCGAAGUGCCUAAGGACAGCGAGAAUGGCAGCCGCCCCUUGUCACCCGGACCUCACCCUGCAGGAAGUGGUCGAAGCAGCUGGGCUUCCUCCCUCCUGCGCAGCCUCCUCGUCCUGAAACCGGCCCCUGGGCGCCCGGGCAGCCCGAGCCGGUGCAUCAGCCAACGGAAACAAGUGUCCCUCGGUUCCUUCCUCGGACCCGGGGUCACCUUUUUUCAGCCAGUGGCAAAUGUACUUAUAACUAGGAUGGCCUUGCAAUUUACCGUCUGAUCCAGUUUUCAGACUGUGCUGUAAGACAUGCUAUUAAUAAAGCAAGCGGGGCCGACAGGCACAGACCCGGAGGGGUGGUCACCCUGCUCACAGCCGAAAGGGCCCUUAGAUAACUUUUGAUCACUUCCAUCUUUAGAGUUGGCUGAACCAAGCUCUUUCCACAGGAACCCAGGAAUAGCAGCACCCUCGUCGUACUUUUUUUCCUCCAAAAAAUUUAUUAUGAGACAGAGUCAUACCCUUCUAAUGUGUCUGGUUCAUUGUUGAAACUGCUGUUGCUUCUAUGCGCUCUCGUCUAUUGCAGCUUUGCAGCUGGGAGCCUCGUGCCGCAGCAAUGCGCUUUGCUGCACGCGGACCGUCCCACUGUGUUCAGUGGGGUCAGGGCUUUGAUCCUGGCCCUCCCUGCUGCGCGCUUCUGAUGGGGCAGCUCCUCCUAAACUGAUCUUCAGACACCACCUCCGCCUUCCUGUAGGUGACCUCUACUUUCUGCCCGCGUUCACUCACCCCACCAACACUGGGCACCUACCGUGGCACCAAAGUUCCGUAAUAAGAACACGAGGGCUCUGUCUCUUCUGAAGGAUGGAGGCCAGAGAGGACACCGGCGUCACGCGAACAAGUAAUCAUAGUUUCACUCUUGGUAUAGUGAGCACUGGGCCGAGAAACCAGCAGAGAGAGUGGUGCUCCCCAAGGGGUCCAGCAGGGGAGGCAGGGUAGUGUGAUCCUUCUGACCAAUGAAAUCCAAGUGGAAGUGAUGUGUCUCCUCUGGGCUGAGGCCGGGACAAGCCCAUCUCCAAUUCACUCUCUCUUACCCCCCAUAAUAUUAGGGAGACUGUGUUUACAUGGUGCAGCUAAAAGAUGGAGCCCCUGUAAGCCCAGGUGACCAGGGAGGAGACCCUCUCCUGACCUGUGAUGGACGUAUAAUGCCAGCAAAAAGUAAACUCAGUGUUAAGCCGCUGAGAUCCGAGGGUCUUUUGCUGCUGUGGCUUACUCUAGUCUGACCUGAUGGGCGGAGGAAGGCUGUGCCUGCCCCUGGAAUCACUGGACUAAGGGCUUUCUCUUUAGCAAACUCCACCCAUGACCCUUCCUAGCCAUCUUUUAAAAUUAAAAUGGAAAUUGAGUGAGAGAAGAAAGCUGAAAAUCUGUGGGCUGAAGGCUUGGCUGGGGGAAGGUACAUGGAGCAGACAAGGGGCCGCGGGAACCACAUGCAGAGAUGGCCUGGCCACUGGACCAUGUAUUCUCAAUGCCUGGCUCAAGGCCGACACUUAGCAGGCAUUUAAGAAAUGAAUGAAUGAACAAGAUGUAAAGAGCGCUGAUGCGGGGAGGAGCGGUGGAGCUGACAGGUGGGCGGGCAGGAUGGAGGAGACAUUCCUUCUCUCCUUCCCUGCUAUUCUAAAAUUCUGGUGCACCCACGCCAGCGCUUCACGCAGGUACAAGGCAAUAAUAGUAUGAGCACUCUGGUUUGACUUUUUUAUUGUGCUAAAAUACUUGUGACAUAAAAUUUACCCUCUCGGCCAUUUCUGUGAAUUUAGCCACGGGUCAGUGGUCUUACAUUCACAUUACACCACUGUCCAUCUCCGGAAAUCUUUCCUCUUCCCAAAUUGGAAUUCUGUACCCACUAAGCAAGAAGUCUUCCCUCCCCAUCCUGCCAACCUCUAGAAACCACCACCCUACUUUGUCUCUUAAGUACCGUAUGUAAGGGCAUCAUACAAUAUUUGUCCUCUUGUGGCUGCCUUGUCUCACUUUUUUCCUUCUAUCUUGGUGAAGAGAACAGUAAGACUAUCAAUAUUUUGGGAGCAUCUGUGUGUUUUCAGGCUCGCCCCUGCUUUUGAAAUACAACAGCUUUGAAAUCCCACUCCUUAGAGAGCUGCUUGCUGCUGUCUUCCUAUGAUAUAUAUCCAUAUCUCUAUAAUUUUAAUACCGAUUUCUAACAGUUUGUGAUUUAAUAAUAUAAAAUGAACACCUUUAGUAUCAACGAU